CACUACGGUUUUAAAAAUACGACUCACAAAUUUAGUACAAAUACAGUUUUUGUGAUAAAUAUUUUGAAAAAAGUGUUUGAAAAAUGGAAAUGAGUGAUAUUAGCAAAGUUGCUAAUCAAAGAAGAGUAACACAGAAUGCUGAUCAAUUACGUGAAAAAUUUUCACGCGAAACAGCGAAAAUUAUUAAGCUGAAGGUCGCGCAAGACACAGCCUAUUGGGACCUGGAGCAGAAGUUGCAGCAGGUACAAGACAAACAUGAGCGGCUGCAGCAGAACAUGGUCGAGCUGCAGAUGCAGUACGAGAACGUCUCCGGACAAUACCAGGAUGAGCUGCGCUGGCGGCCCGAAACACUCAAUAAACUAAAUAGUACCCGAGCUAUAUGUGAUGUGUUAGAGGACUACUGUGAGCGUCUCAAGCAGACGCUGUCCUCCUGCAAGAGUGACCAAGGAGCGCUCAGUGCGGCCUACCAGGACACCGCCCAAAUCGUUCGAGAUUUGAAAGCUAAACACAAACAAGCCGAAGACAAAAGUAAACAGGACGUUUCCAUACUCGAAAGCAAAGUUCAACAGAGCAUCGAACAUAACAGACAGCUAAUGGAAAUGUUCGAGGCGAACAAACAGCAAAUAGAAAGGGAGUUAAAAACUGCCUCCGAAAACUUGGCGGAUAGAGAUUCGCUUAUCAAAGAGUUGAGCAACAAGCUUAGUGAGAGUAAUACUAAAUACAACACUGCUCAGAGUGAAAUGUUCCAGAAAAACGAAUGUAUAAUAACGCUUCAGAGGCAGAUGGAGCACAUGGUUCAAGAGAUUUCCUCUCAGAGUGAUGAGAUUAAGAAGGCUUUUUUGAAUAAAGAGAAAGAACUUGAAGAAGCAAUGGAGUCCAAUGCUACUCUGAAGACAGCACUGAGGGAUAAGGAGCAAUACGCAAAGACUUUGAGCGACCAGAAUGGCUCGUUGCAAGACAAGCUCACCGAGCUGGAACAAAUGUAUUCUAUAGCGCUGAACACGGUGGAGGAUUUCAAAAUUGCACUAACGGAUGCGUCCAACAAGGAAGAUAAUUUGAACACUGUCAUAGCUACGCUCACGAAAGAGAAGCAAGAUCUUCUAGAUGAUAUGAAAAAAAAAGAUGAAGAUGCGUCUAACGUCCAAGAGAAAUUGAAUACUAUUAUAACGACACUUACAGAAGAGAAACAGAAGCUUUUAGAAGACAUUAAACAAAAGGAUGAGGAUGCGUCCAACAAGGAAGAUAAUUUGAACACUCUCAUAGCUACGCUCACGAAAGAGAAGCAAGAUCUUCUAGAUGAUAUGAAAAAAAAAGAUGAGGAUGCGUCUAACGUCCACGAGAAAUUGAAUACUAUUAUAACGACACUUACAGAAGAGAAACAGAAGCUUUUAGCAGACAUUAAAGAAAAGGAUGAGUUAAUUAAAUCACAAAAUGAUAAAAUUGAUAAUCUUACUGAGAGUUUGGAAACACGAGUCAAAGAGAUAUCAGACACAGCAAUAGAACUCGCUAGUGCUCUGCAAGAAGUCGAAAACCUGAAGUCUAGCACUGAAAAGCUACAAUCUGAAAAACUAACCCUGAAUGAACAGCUGGAGGCAUUACAAAAUGAGUUUAAAGCUCACAGAGAUUCGUCUGAACAAGAAUCCCUCGAACUAAGAAACAGUUUAGUAGAAAAAGACAAGGAGCUAGAUUCAAAGACGACUGUGAUAAUGAAUCUUAUAUCUGAACUGAACAGCAGUACAUCUGCACAAAACAAAAUUCAAUCUGAAUUAGUUAACUGCAGGAUGCAGCUAGAGGCCGAGAUAGAAAAAGUAAAACUUGGAGAUGCUGCUAAUAAGGAGAAAGAGGAAGAGCUCUCUAAACAAAUGUCUACCAUUUGCGAGAUGAGAAGUGAAAUGGCCCAAUUACAAGAACAUAAAGCGAGAAUGCAGGAAAAAAUAGAUAAUAUUCAGAAGGAACUAACUGGGCGACCCCCGAUAAGUGUGCCAGUUAUGCAGCCAGAACACGAUGAUAAUGCAGUAAUGUUGACACCUGUGUCCAACAAGAAUACUUCUAAACUACGAUCACCACCUUUAAUUAAACAGCAAGAAAAAGAAGCCGUAACUCGUCGCUACGAGCCCCAAGAGUUGGAGAACAUGUUGUACAACAUAUUUAGUGACAACAGUACUGACGACAGCUUACAUCAGGUGGGUCAGGUGAAACGUAGAUACGCUGCGAUAUCCCAGGGUCGUCAGCUGCCACCUCCUAUGACGCGGCCCAACGGUGGUGCCAAACGACGAAGUGCUGUGUCGAGCGCGCAGGCCGAGCAAGCUAAAAAGCCUGCCUACAGUUGCGACGUUCAAAAGUCUCAAGAGAAAAAUGAUUUUAACGACAGAAAAAGAUUCUUUAAGUCUAGAGUUAUUGAGAAUAAGGACAAAAAGUAAACUUAAACCUAAUAUCGUUUCCCUAUUUUACUUAUUUUAAAUAAGUGUUUGGUUCGUUCAAUUUUUGUUGUUACAGUUUUCAAUUAGAGAAUUGAAAUUUGGUUUAUAAUUAAUAGAUACACUGAGACGAUAUCU